AUGUUGCUCACCGUUCCGAGAGCAGCUCUGCGGCAUUCCGUUCACAGAUUGGCCCCGCUGGCCUCCAAAACGCCCUCAAUCAGCCCCGCGGCCCUUCGUCGAUUGGCUUCAACACUGGCAAUCCUAGAACACAGGGAGGGACAGCUGAACGUUGGCUCACUCAGCGCAAUCGCAGCAGCCAAGAAGCUUGGUGGCUCUAUUCACGCUUUUGUUGCUGGUAGCAAUGUCAAGCCUGUGGCUGAAGAGGCAGCGAAGGCAGACGGUGUCGAGAAGAUUGUGGUUGUAGAGAAUGGAGCUUAUGACAAGGGCCUUCCAGAGAACUUCGCUCCGUUGCUGGUCGAGAACAUCAAGAAGGGCGGCUACACACACGUCAUUGCAGGACACACAGCAUUUGGAAAGAACCUUCUACCCCGUGUUGCGGCGCUGCUUGAUUCGCAGCAGAUCUCAGACAUCACUGCAGUCGAGAACGAGAACACCUUUGUUCGCCCAAUCUAUGCCGGAAACGCCAUAGCAACUGUGGAAUCUUCCGACAGCAUCAAGAUUAUCACUAUUCGUGGUACUGCCUUCCCGGCAGCAGAGCUCGGCAGCGGCUCAGCCUCAGUCGAGGACGGUGUUGACCCCAAGGCCGAGAGCUCAACCGAAUGGGUGUCAGAAGAUCUUGCUAAAUCAGACCGGCCUGACCUGGCAACGGCCAGCAAGGUUGUCUCCGGAGGCCGAGGUCUGAAGUCAAAGGAGGAGUUCGACAAGAUAAUGCUACCCCUAGCAGAUGCCCUAGGCGCUGCUGUUGGUGCAUCAAGAGCUGCUGUUGACAGCGGCUAUGCGGAUAACAGUCUACAAGUUGGCCAAACUGGAAAGGUUGUGGCUCCUCAGCUAUACUUGGCGGUCGGUAUUUCCGGAGCGAUCCAGCACUUGGCAGGUAUGAAGGACAGCAAGGUGAUUGCAGCAAUCAACAAGGAUGCAGAUGCACCAAUAUUCCAGGUCGCUGAUGUGGGACUGGUGGGAGAUCUGUUCGAGAAAGUCCCUGAGCUCACAGAGAAGCUCAAGAGUUCAUAG